AGCAGCCGCUCAGACGCAGAGAGGAGAGGGUCGCGGGGAGCCAGAGCCCAUCGCGAGGGCGCGGCGUCGGAAGCUGCAGAAGCUGUUGGCGACGGAGCGCUCGGACAGGGUCUGGAGCAAGGAGCCGUCAGCGCCGCACUCGGACCUGGGUUCGGACCCCGACCGAAGCCGCCGCCUACAAGGAGGGGAUGCAGGAGAGACGCCGAGGGAACUGGGGAAGAAGCCCGCCGCUCGCCCUAGAGAGAUGGAGCCGCCGCCGCUGCUGCUCCAGCUCAGAGUCCUCCUGAUGCAACUGCUGGUCGCCUGCUCUCUCUUAGUUCUGCUUCCGCCGGCGGUGGCGCCCAUCUGUCCGGAGUCAUGCGACUGCCAGCAGCAGCAGCAUAUCCUCUGCACCAAUCGGGGACUACGGUCGGUGCCCAAGGCCGCCGAGCCACAGGACAUCCUCACCUACAGCCUGGGCGGCAAUUUCAUUGCUAAUGUCUCGGCUUUGGACUUUCACCGCUUAGUGGCGCUACAGCGCCUAGAUUUGCAGUAUAAUCGAAUCCGUUCGCUCCAUCCGAAAGCCUUCGAGCGCCUGGGGCGUCUGGAGGAGCUUUACUUGGGCAACAACCUCUUGGCUUCCUUGGCGCCGGGCACACUCCGCCCCCUGGCUAAACUGCGAGUCCUCUACCUCAACGCUAACGAGAUCACUUAUCUAAGCACGGCUUCUUUUGCUGGUCUAGGCAAUCUGAUCAAGCUGCGGCUCGACGGUAACUUGCUGGCCUCGCUGAGUGAUGCCACCUUUUCAGGACUAACCAACCUGCUGUAUUUGCAUCUGGAGGCCAACCAGAUCCGUUGGCUAAGCCGUAAUGCCUUUGCUGGCCUUGGCAAGCUUCGUUUCCUUGACCUGUCUGGCAACCAGCAGAAUUUGCUGCGCCACCCAGACACCUUCAGGUCUCUGCGCUUGCUUAGCACCCUCCUGCUCUCUGGGAAUGACAUGCAACAGCUAGGGAAAGGACUCUUCCAACACCUCUCCAACUUGGCUAGGUUGUCACUGAGUGGAAACCGACUGACAUGGUUGCCAGUGGAGGCUUUUGCUGGUCUGGAGUCCUUGAAAGAGUUGCACUUGGAAGGGAACCUGCUAGGCCAACUGCCUGCCACCUUAUUUCAGCCUCUGCAAAGCUUGGAGGUGCUGGAUCUGAGUAACAACCUCAUCACUACUCUUCCUGCUGGCACCUUUGGUCCCCUAAAUAAGUUGAGAGAGCUCAGUUUGCAGGGAAAUGCCCUGGCCUCCCUGUCUGGAGAGCUCUUCACCUCCAACCCAGCCUUGUAUCGCUUGGAAUUGGAUGGGAAUCCCUGGAGCUGCGACUGCCACUUGCAGGGGCUGAAGCAGUGGCUUGCAUCCUGGCAUUCCCAGGGCCGGCUCCUGACUGUGUUUGUCCAGUGUCACCGGCCACCUGCCCUGGCUGGGAAAUACCUUGAUUACUUAGAGGAUGUGCAACUCUUCUCGCUUUCUAAUGGCUCUUGUUUGGAAGGGUUAACAUCUGCAAGCCCAGGAGGCAAUGGUAACUCUAAUUUAGAUAAACAGAGCUCCCCACCUUCUGUUUCAACUGGGUUGCUAACGUUGUCCCAGAAGAUGGUACCUGAAAAGGGAAGUUUUAAUGUUGAGACAGCUCCAACCACCCUGUUGCCCAGCUUUCUUAUCAGUACUAGGUCUCCCUCUGUACUUGCUGCCGCCUGGCCUCGGCGAGCGGGAAAACACCACUUGGUCUCCUCGGUGUCUAGUACCCUUCCUCUGGUCACUGAUCCAUGUGAUUUUAACAAAUUGUUUCUGUACAACCUGACAGUGGAUACUGUCACUGAGAGUGCAGUGACAGUGCACUGGGGGGUCCGCCCACAUCGCAGCCCUCGCUUGUUAGGGCCAGUGCGCUUCCGAGUCCUUUUUGAUCGCUUUGGCACUGCCAUCAAGUUCCAGCGCUUUGUUUAUAUCCCUGAAUGGAACGAGCCGGUAGCCACUCUGCGAGAAUUGCGCCCGGAUACCCCAUAUCUGGUUUGUGUGGAGGGAGUGAUGGGGGGCCGGGUCUGCCCAGUGGCACCACGGGACCACUGUGCAGGGUUGGUCACUUUGCCUGAAGAUGACAUGGGGGCAGCUGCUGCUGCAAUGGCUGGGGGGACACAAAGCUUGGACCAGCAGCUCCUCACCCUUGUGCUAUUGGCAGUCAAUGCAUUGCUACUCUUCCUGGCUUUGGCAGCCUGGGCUUCCCGCCUGGUGCGGAAGAAGGUCCUGGGGUGCCGUCGGAGAAAGGCAGCCUCACCAGUCCAUGUUAGGCAGAUGUAUUCUACCCGUCGGCCCCUCCGGUCCAUGGGGACAGGCAUUUCCACUGACUUUUCUGGGUUCCAGUCCCACCGGACACCACAUAGUGCUGUUUGUGCCUUGCGUGAGGCUGACCUCAUUGAGUUCCCUUGUGAACGCUUCAUGGAUAGUAGCACUGCAGGGAACAGCAGUGUCCUACGUGGGGAAGAUAAUUUGUUGCAACGGUUUUCAGACUAGAGAUGGGGCUCUAAGCUAAUUUGCAAGUAUUCUAUCAUAAAGUGGCUGCUGGCAUUAUGAUUUAGUGAAGUCUAUGGUAAUGCAGCUUCUGCAAAGAUGGCCCCCACAUAUUGCAGAAUUACAACUCCCAGCAGCCAUAGUUUUGCAUGGCAAAUUGUGAAGGGUGCAGGGAAUUAUAGUUCAGCAAUAACUAGAGUACCCCAUGUUUCUGAUUUUCCUAUCCUAUAUUUAGGUCUGCAAAAAAUAUGUAUAUAUAAAGAUGGCUGAUUAAAAAUGGGUAACUCCUGGAGUAAGAUAUACUAAAAAAA